AUGAAUAUUGAAAAAUAAUUAAGAGAAGAUUACAUUCAUGAUUUUCAUACUUUUCUUAGAAAAAAUGAAAGAGAAACUUAACAAAACGUUAAAACAACUAUGUUUCUGUAACCAUGGUAACCAAACCAUCCUUUCAGACUUAGUUGGGAUAUUAUUUCAAUGUUGUUUAUUGUAAUUCAAAUGAUGUUGAUACCACUUAUAUUAUCUUUUGAAAAUGUAGAUCAAAACACAUCAUUAUUUAUGCAAAUUAUGGAUGAUUUCUUUUUAAUUGAUAUUCUUGUUCAAUUUAAUUGUGCUAUUUAUAUCGAUGGAAAACUAAUUUUAAAAAGAUCAAUUAUAUUUUGUAAUUAUAUAAAAUUCUGGUUUUGGCUAGAUUUUGUUAGUUCAUUACCAUAUGAUUAUUUCGUUGAAGUAAUUUAUAAUUAUUUAGAUAGGGAGGUAAUGUAUAAGUAAUUAGAAUGUUAAGAUUCUUUAAAUUUCUAAAAGUAAUAAAAAUGAUAAAAGCUGUUAAAUUGAAGCUCCUUAUUAGAAGAUUUGAAACUUUUCUUGGAAAUGAUUUUUAAUCUUUCAUUGAGUUUGUUAAAUUGACAUUCAUAAUCAUAGUUUUGGCUCAUUGGAGUGCUUGCAUUUUCAAUUUUAUUAAUGAAGAUAAUUAUGAUUACUUAACAUCAUUUUAUUUUACGUAAAUAUAGAAAUCAAUAUUUGAGAAUUACUACUAUGAUUACUGUUGGAUAUGGAGAUGUACAUCCAGAGACAGCUGAAGAAUAAAUUUAUGCUGUAUUUGCUAUGAUUUUGGCUUCUGGUGUUUUUGGAUACACAGCAAAUAGCAUGAUUUCUAUAUUUUAAUAUGAAGAUCCAUAAUUAACAGAAUUAAUCAUGAAAUAAUAAAUAAUCAAUAAAUAUACUAAAAUACAUGGUUGUUCAAAUUAAUUAAGAAAUAAAAUUUAAAAUUAUUUAGAAUGGGUUGUAGAAAAUGAUUAUGAAGUAAGAUCUUCAUUAAUUAUUUGUGAUCUCUCUGAAGAAUUAAGAAACCAAGUUAUUACUUAGAUGAAUUUAAGAUUCUUUAAAACACUUCCUGUAACUAUGUCUAAAGCCAUUAAACUUAAUGAAUAUAGUAUUUUUUAUUCAAUAAUUUUGAGUACUCCCUCCUGAGACUUAAAUUCAUGAUGAACAUCAUAUAUAUUAUAUCGUUUAAGGAAAAGUAUCUGUAAUAGCCAAUAAUACUCAUCUCGGAUUUGCAGAUUAAUGUUUUGGAUCUAUUAAUUUCUUCUCUAAUAUUCCUAGAACUGCAGAAAUUAUUACAACUGAAACUACUCAUUUAAUCAAGCUUUCUAGAUAAUAAUUCUUAUAAUAAUUAAAUUAUGAAUAAUUCUAGAAAUUUCAUAUGAUUAAAUCAAAAUUAGAAAACAAUGAUUAUUUAGACUUAGAUAUUAAAUGUUAUGGUUGCCAUCGUUUAGGACAUGUUAUUAAAUACUGUUAAUAAUUUCAUUAUAUUUCAUCAAGAUUAAAAAAUAAAAAGAAAAAGUUUGUAAGAAUUAGAACUAAGAAAUAAAGAACUAUGUUUACAUAAUUUUUAAUUGAAUAUUAUUAAAUCAUAUAAGCAAGAAAAAUUAUAUCCUAAAAAUAUAUUAAGAAAGAAGAUAUUAAUUAAUAAAUCCAUUAUCAUUUAGAUAUAGAUUAAAUUUAAGAAUACAUUUAUUUUGAACCAAACUGGAAUAUUAGUGAAGUUAUAAAAGUAUAUCGUUUAAAAACUAUCUAUCGAUAUUGUUUAAUGAUAAUUAAAAAGAACAUUGGAUAACUAAUUCGAUAAAAUAAAUAAAAACUAAACAAAGAUAAAAGAUUUCGUUUGAUGACUAAUCUCAAACCAAAGUAUAUUGAAAUAUAUAAAGAUUAAAAUUUAUAACAAAAGAUAAUGGAUUGA